GGAUUAUCGCAUCGCUCGCGCCGCGUAUGUUAAUGUGUGCGCGGAAAAAAAGCGAUUUCGCGGAGGGGAGGGAAAGAUGAAAACGCAACCCGUCCGAACACAUCGACGUCCCGCGACAUUCACAUGCCGACAUUGCCGAGACGUCAAACCGAAACGACGUUCGAUCGGCUCUCUCUCUCCCUCUCUCUGUUGAACGCGCUCCUUCUCGAACGCGGAAGAACGUAGUUUUCUCGCGGAUUCGCGGAUGCUCGCGCGUUCCCUUUUCCCUCCCCAGUUUCGUCGAGAGACACCCUUGCGAGCAGGCACACUCGGCGUGUGACUCGGCACACGAGACGCGAGCGUGACACGACGGAUCGCGAAGUGUCAAAGUCAACAACAAGAGCUGAGUUGAUCGCAUCGUUGAUUCGCUCUGUUUAUCAAUACCGCUCGAUCUUCUCGUAUCUCUCUUUUUUCGUGCUCUCUACGAUACAGGUCAUGUAUUUUUCGCGAUAGUCGAUUCGCAGUUUAGUGAAUAAGAGCGCCUUGAGAAUUGUGACUUUAACUGUGGAUUGUCGUUGCGCGUUAACAUUUCUUUAUAUCCGAGCUCCACGAUCGUUCUACGUAGUGUUUUCUAAGUAUUCCCGCUUUCCUUCGCGUCUACGGAUUCUUUGAUCAGUCUGAAAUCAACCCUUAAGCACUGGCGCGAGAUAUUGGUGAUACCUCACAUAAAACUUUUAUUAAAAAAAGAUAUCGGGAUAUUCAUAGCUUCAGAAUUAUGAACGAUUGAAAGGAAGAAGCUCUUUUGAAUUAAGAAGCGCGGAUAGAUAAUGGAAUCUCGUCUCUUAGUUUCGGAACUUGAGAAAAUUAACAAGACUUUAAUUGUCGUGUUUUCGAACGUUCGCGUUUUCCCGUAAUUUUCGAUAUUCUUAGAUUAGAAUUCUAUUAAAGCAAAAUUUCAUUGAUCAUCUCUUCAUAAUCUCUGUUUUUUACUUUAAACGUAUAAUUGUCAAAAAGCGAUUUAUGAAAAGAUUCUUGAUGCAAAAUUUCCAGAAAGAAAUUGCAAACACUUGUAGCUUGGAAACGAUCAAUCUCCUUUAUUUUAAAAAAAUUAUCGCAAUUUAUCGCGUUUGCUCUAAGAAUUCGUGAAUGAAAGCACGUGUGUGAGGAACCUUCUAUGAAUAGUACCGAGCUUUUCCACACUUUGGCCGACGACUUGUGUAGGAGUUUUCAAAAGAGGAUUAAAAUUAAAGAAGUCGCCGAGGACCACGUGGGCAUCGCGCAGUCGGAAUAUGUGCCGGUCGGUCGAUGCUGUUGGGGCUCAUUAAUCCAUCGGCGGAACCAUGCUAUCGGAAUGCGGCGGACUGGUGCACUUCAAGAAGAGACUAAAGCUUCGCAAGCAACGGUCUCGAGAAUUAAUUCGUGUUUUCGGAGGAUAAGAUGAGCAAGAGUGUGGAGUUACUCGCUGGAGCGGAGGACAGUGAGUCAACACUUGCGGGUAACGCAAGCGCCCAAGAGAGAUCCAGACUGAACUUGAACGGGAGCCGUCAGCUCUCGAAAAGCGCCACGGAGCUCCGGGAUAGCGAUAUCGCGAACAGCUCGCCGUCGAGGCGAGGCGAUGGAUCGGGCGACUCCGGCGUUGUCCAUCAUCAUCGGCAUCAUCGGCACGGCACGGUGUCGGUCGCGCAGCGCACUCACACCUUCUUCGCGACUCUGAAGAGUCGCUGGGCGCGGAGCAGGAGCAAGGAGCGGAAAAAGUCCAAGGAUGCCGGCAGCGUGCAGUCGCAGGACGCGGGCCAGUUCAAGAAUCCCGGCGUCGAGUCGGAUUAUACCGCCGAUUACUCCUCCGAGCAUAGCAGAAGUUCCUCGGCCACGCAGAGCCCGGCCAGGCACUGCCUUAAUCAUCCAGAAUCUCCGUUGGCACGCGGCGGCCGAGAGAAAAACGUGCAAGAGGACAACGCCGGAAGAUGCGGCGAGGGAUUCCCCAAGGGAUCUGUAAGCUUUCAGAAGGAUGGACAUCCGAGCGAGGGAUCCGUCAGUCAGGAUGGCGGCGAGUUUCUACACGACGAAACGACGCGAAAGAGAGAACUGGCGUUGAGGCAGCAUGCCUUCUUUCAGCUUCGUUUGCAUAUAAGAAGAGGCGCGAAUCUCGUCGCGAUGGACAGAUGCGGCGCCAGCGAUCCUUACGUAAAGGUGAAAUGUUCAGGACGGUUAUUGCAUAAAUCGCGAACCGUUCAUCGUGAUCUAAAUCCGGUUUGGGAUGAAAGCGUGACCUUACCUAUAGAAGAUCCUUUUCAGCAACUUACUAUCAAGGUUUUCGAUUACGAUUGGGGCCUGCAGGAUGAUUUUAUGGGAGCUGCUCAGUUGGACCUUACGCAACUCGACCUUGGGCAUUCUCAAGAUAUAAUAUUGGAACUUAAAGACCCGGCUCGACCGAAGCAACAUUUAGGCGAAAUUUAUCUGACGGCUACGCUUUGGCCGAGGAAUCAACAGGAAAAAGAGCAGUAUUUCCAGAAGACCAAUCGAUUGGCGGACGUGAAUAGACGAUUGAAAUCGCAGAUAUGGAGUUCGGUGGUGACGAUUGUGCUCGUGGAGGCAAAAAAUUUAUUGCCGAUGGAUAUAGAUGGUCUGUCGGAUCCCUACGUGAAAUUUCGGCUCGGCACGGAGAAGUACAAGUCGAAAGUGGUUAACAAGACGUUGAAUCCAGUUUGGCUGGAGCAGUUUGAUCUCCAUCUCUACGAGGACCCGUGUCUAGGUCAAGAGUUGGAGGUGACGGUGUGGGACCGGGACAGGAGUCAUCAGGACGAUAUAAUGGGCAGGACGCUGAUCGAUCUGGCGACCCUCGAGCGGGAGACCACGCAUCGGUUAUGGCGCGAACUCGAGGACGGUUCGGGCAGUAUUUUUUUACUGCUGACGAUAAGCGGCACCACGGCCAGCGAGACGAUCAGCGAUCUGGCCGCGCACGAGGAAACGCCGAUGGAGCGUGCUCAAUUAAUCCAGCGGUAUUCGAUCGGGAACACUUUGCAGAGGGUGCGCGACGUAGGUCACCUGACGGUGAAGGUAUAUCGUGCGCAAGGUCUCGCUGCUGCUGACCUCGGCGGUAAAAGCGACCCUUUCUGCGUUCUAGAGCUCGUUAAUUCUAGAUUACAAACGCAGACGGAAUAUAAAACUCUCGCGCCCAAUUGGCAGAAAAUUUUCACUUUCAAUGUAAAAGACAUCAACGCCGUUCUGGAGGUAACAGUCUACGACGAAGAUCGAGAUCACAAGGUAGAGUUCCUCGGAAAAGUAGCGAUACCGUUAUUAAAAAUUCGUAACGGAGAGAAACGAUGGUACGCGUUGAAAGACAAGAAAUUGAGGGGCCGCGCGAAGGGCAACUGUGCCCAAAUCCUUUUGGAAUUGACCGUCGUGUGGAACAUCUUCAGAGCAUGCGUCAGAACGCUCAAUCCGAAAGAGAAGAAGUAUAUGGAGCCGGAAGUGAAGUUCAAAAGACAAGUCUUUCUACGAAACGUCAUGAGACUCAAAGCUAUCAUCGUUAUAUUCAUCGACAUAGGAAAAUAUAUACAGAGUUGCUGGGAAUGGGAGAACAAGAUGAGGAGCAUUCUUGCUCUAGUCUUUUUUAUUUUGGGGUGUUACUACUUCGAACCAUAUAUGAUACCGGGUGUGGCGUUAUUGAUUCUUCUGAAGUAUUACCUGCUUAGCGGCGAGAGGAGCGGGUUCAAUCAUUGGAUUUGCGGACAGGUCGCUGUGGUGACGGGCGCACCAUUGAUUUACGCAAGUUCGCAGUUUCAAGAUCACUCUGAAAUCGGGUCUGACGAUUGUCCACCGACGCCAGGGGACGACGACGACGACGAGGAUGACAAGGAUAAAGAGGAGAAGAAGAGUCUGAAGGAGCGUUUGCAGGCGAUCCAAGAGGUGACGCAAACAGUUCAGAACUCGAUCGGCUACAUAGCCAGUCUGUGCGAGAGGGUGAAGAAUCUCUUCAACUUCACGAUCCCCUAUCUGAGCUACCUGGCGAUGCUUCUGGCGAUCGGCGGGGCGGUCGUGCUCUAUUUUAUUCCCAUCCGGUAUCUGAUCCUCGCCUGGGGAGUCAAUAAGUUCUCUCGAAAGAUCUUCAGGCCUCACUCCGUGCCCAACAACGAGGUCCUAGAUCUUAUAUCCAGAGUGCCUGACGACGAAGAACUGCUUAAUUAUAGAGAACUGAAACCCGUGCCGACGGCGGAUUGCGAGAAGGGCGGUACUUCGGGUAGCCCCGGCUCGAACGCGGCGAGGAGAGAGCAGAGAAAGAGGCACAAAGCGGCGUAGCAGAAUUACCCGCGGCCGGAAGUCGCGGGUUCACGGUCGUCCAGCAUCCUGAAAACAGUCCUGCUGCGCCGGAAACUGCGACAGCGAAAAGGAUCAGCGGAAAAUAUGGAUGUGAUCGACACAGACUGAAUACUCUUUCAUUUUGUACCCCACCUCCCCCCUCCUGGGUCCUGAUGACCUCGAAUCUUACGUCAGGCGUUUAGCGAAGGUGACACAUUGGUGGUGUGCCUCGAAAGAGGUGAGGAAAUAUAGAACUCAAGUAUCGAUGAUGAGAAUCCUUGAAGGAAGGCCGAAUCGGAUUGUACAUUUGUUACUUGAUUAUGAGAACAAAACAAGUUUUUUUAUCGUAAAAGAUGAAGUAUCGCGUACUGCGGUAUGAUAGCGAUUGACGAUCGUAUGAUGCGUUUUAUCAUGUUAAAUGUAAAGCGAGUAUAAAGAGAUGCAGUAUGUAUCAUGCAUUACUUAUACACAAUAUAGGAAUGUUAUAUAAUUACGAAUAUGUAACAUAUAAAUGUUGAAAAUAUUAUAUAACACAUAUUGUAUAUAAAAACAAACGAUAAAAUUAUCGGCUUAUUGCUAUUCUUUAAAACGCAUUAUACGAUCGCGUUCGUUUCUUCUCCGUAGUCGAUAAUAAAUCGACACUGGCGAUACCAAAUAAAGAUUUUAUUAGUAUUUUUUAAGAUAUAUUCUACGAUCAUCAAUAGUUUUCUUCCCGCGCAUUGAAUAGAUUGGAAGAAAUAAAUUAAGAGUAAAAUUAUAUUAAACAUCUUCUUUCUCGUUGAACGUGAACGCACGAUAGUGAACACUUUCAAUCCGGACUGUAUUGGAUUGAUUCUGAGUUUCUAUACUAUCGACGAUUAUGUGUGCAGGACAAUGAUCAGCGAAGAAGUUUGUGUAACGUUUCGAUUUCUUCUGUGGUUUCGUAAAAAUUUUUUUUUUUCCACUACUAUCAAUAUUAUUUUGUUUAUAUUAUUUGUGCUAAUUAAAAGAUCUAGAUCUGUAAAAACGUAGAAAUAAAAGAUUCGAAGAUUGUAAGUGAAAAACGAUUCGACAAGUAUCACAAAAAUUAUUUUAGAUCUUGGUUCCAAAAUUACUUUGCGAGAAGUUUUUCUAAUCGAAGAAUUAAAUUGUGUAACGUUACAUAUUAUUUAGAAUUCGUAAUAUAUUUCUUAUGUAGCACAAACGAAAUGACAUCACCAAAAAAAAAAAAAGGUAGUUCUCUUUAAAUUCAACGACAGUGACUCAACGAAGUCGAGAAAAAAGCAGCUUCUUCCUUGAUCGUACUUGAAAUAUGAGGAGCGCGAUGACUCCUUUAAAAUGAUCUCUCAAAAAAAAAAAAAAAAAAAAAGAAAACGAUGUGGAAGAGGAAGAAAGAAAGGGGCACAGGCAAGGAAAUCUUGAAAGUAUUCCAUAUUAAAAGGGAAAGCCGCGUUUCGAGCAUAUCAAGGAGGGCAAGGAACGUGUGUUCUUAGAGAUUCAUUAGUUAACAAAUUGACAAAUUAAUGGAGAUAGAUAUUUAAACAAAAUGCGAUGACAUUUCCCAUAGGGGAUCGUCGAUCGUUUCGUCCAUUGGUGUUGUUAGUUAGCCAGUUAGAAAUCGUUACGAGAGAUAGAGAGGUGUAAGAGAGCGAAUAAAUAUUUUCCAGGACGCAAUCGAGUCUUAGAAAUUUCCGCGGAAAAUUAUGCGUGACUGAGUCUCGCGGAAGGAUAUUGCAAUUGGUUUUCGGUUAAUUUGGACGUUCCGCCGUGCACUUUCUUACAGAUAGCGAACUUAUUUAACCAUAGUCGUGCGAAUAUUUUUCAUGGAUUUUACGGAGACGCGGGAGCAGUUGUUUUUUUGAAUUAAUAGUAAUGAAGAUAACGGCGAAACUUCCGCAUUAACUCAAUAUAUUCGCGCAUGCGGUUAUGCAAAAUCGUAUACACACGCUUACCUAUGUUGCGCGCGAUGGUUCCCUUUUAAAGCGUCUGACGUUAUUUAAGUCUUCGUUCCAACGCACAUGUUACGUGUUGAUUAAAUGAGAGAAAGAGCGAGCGAGAGAGAGAGAGAGAGAGAGAGAGAGAGAGAGAGAAAAGAACGCUAGAUUAUUUUAUAUCGGCGUUUCUUUGUCGCUGGGGAAAAUUGUUGCUGCGAGAAAAGCUGGUUGCCUUUUUAGCUGAAAAUCGUCCAGAUCGCGACGCGUGUAUUUUCACAACGACAUUUCGCGUUUGACCUCCGAUACGCAAUUCUACGUGCGACAAUUUUCUUAUCACGCGGGGAACAAGUUCGAUGUACCGUUGGUGUUAGUGGCGACUUUGCUACGGCUUUUUACGCGGUUGCGCAAUCACCGUCGUGACAUUUGCUGUCCGGCGCGUAUUCUUUCGUAUGUUAAACUUUAUAUUGCUCAGACAUGCGAUGUGAAAAGUCUACGAAGUUGUACAGAAAUCACUGAACAUGUCUGAUGCUUUAAAGCACGCCAUGAAACGCCAGCUAUUUUUAGCGCUGAUUUCGCUCGGUAAAUAAAGAGCUUAUUUUCGAACUUAUUAUGAAAAUGAGAAACGUGUUACCGGCUGUGUUACAAAUAUGUUGAAGACAUUCCACGAAAAUUUUUCAAAGUGAUGGAUCGAGGUUUCAGAAAAUAAGCUCCUCCAUGAGUCAAUUAAUCGUCACUUGUUAUUAUUCCCGCGAGUUCAAUAUAUUUUUAUCUGUAUUUUAUUCACGCAAGAUUCGAUUACUUAUUUUAACAGCGCGAUUGUCGCAAGCUCGUUGUGGAAAUACACUCGCUCGAGAAGGCGGAUAGUGCGUAUAAAUAUUUAUUCCUAGCCGUCAUUUUACCGGUUUGUGACCGGUCCGCGAGAAAGAAAGAGAGAGAGAGAGAGAGAGAAAGUGUGAUAGAGGGUAGUAUAUCGCUGAUCCAUUUUUCGCUUUUCUAAUUAUAUACUAUAGUCGUUACACGCCAUACGUCUUUUUCCAGUCUUUUAUCUUCGAUUUACUCAUUCUUAUGCAAUAUAAGCGCCUCGAUGAUCCUUUCGGCACAACAUUUGAGAGUCUCGUUAUGGAGCACUACACGGGGCGCGUUUGUCCACAAACAUGUACACGUAUACACGUAAAUUACACGAUAUACAAUAUAUCACACAAUCAUCAGGUGUCUUUUUCAAAUUAUUUUCACAGAUUCUUUUGGCCAAUUUGGAAUCGAUUCUUCCUAUCAAUGAAAAUGUGGAGUCAUUCAUCAUUUUUUGGGCAAUUAACAAUUAAAAAAAGCUUCUGGUAAAUCAAGCAUUAAUUAGUUGAUUUUAUUUUAUAUAAUCUCUUCUGAUACAAUGUUAAUUUAAAAACUUGGUUACAAAAGAUUGUACUAAGGAAAAAUCUCCAACUCGGCCAAAAUAAUCUGUGUUGCAAAAAGACAUUCAGUGGUUAGAAACACUUGUACCCACAGCGCAUUAUUUCUUUCGAAAGGCCUAAGAGGCGAGCUAAAACGCAUCACAUUACACGCGCAGUGUAACAAAGCUUUACGUCAUCUAGUCAACGAACUUACUUAUCGAAUCGCAGACACCCACGAUACCUGAAAGCUCGCAUUUGUGUUUCUGGGGCUUCCCGAUCCGCUUAGGUUUCAAUAUUGAACAUUUUGUUAUUUAUUUUCCGUCUCUCUCACGGCAUGCUGUCAAGUCAAAUUCUAUCAACGUUGCGUUUACUAACAGCUGUGCCAGAAUUAGGAGACCCAUCGAUGAUUAUCAAAAAACAGUACCUGCUACCUAGAACCGAACGUCAGUAUUAACGAAUAUCACGAUCGACAUUUCACGACAGGUUUUAAACUCGUUUUUUAAACUACUUCUAGUCCUUUUCUACUCUUCCAGUUUUGUACUUCCAUGAAAAAAUUCUAUUCCCCCUUUCGAGACACACGAUUCUAUUCUUCCUAUUUCGUCUCGCUGUUCUCGAGAAUAUAUAAAUUUUAAGAGCAACGUACACACGUACACAUAUACACACGUACAAUAUAUCUUUUAGAUUAGUGGUAGAACUCUAUUCUUGGAAAAAAAAUGGGAGAUCCAAAAUUUUAGUCUAACAGAAAAUGUAAUCUGUACAUCGUGCUUAUCGCUACUCUGAACUGCUUUUUAGAAUUCUCGAUGGUCUAUCGAUUCUCAAGUUAUAUCAAAUAUUUGAGGAGAGGAAGAUUUAGCUGCACUUGAAUUGAUAAAUCUUUAUCCUGUCAAUUCUAAGCUUGAAAAAUUGAAGAGCUCAUGUUAGACAAAUUGUCUUGCAUUCGUAUUUGAAAAGAAUUAGGAUUUGAUAUUAAAGAGUUUGAUGUGGCUACGUUAUAAGCUUUUGUAAUAUUCUAAGGGGUAACAAUCUCCAUAAUUUCGCGACGAAUAAUCUCCCUGGAUUCGGAAAAUACGGAUUUAAGACGCUUUGGAGAAAGCAAACUCUUCGAUUUGAUCUUUUUCUGGAAAACAAAACGUGAUCUCUUUCGCCGACAAAAAGAGGAAGACGGAUGUGCGUCGGAAACGCACCGUUAUUACCGAUCGUACAAUCAACUUGCAGCGGAUACGUCUCUACACACACUUAUACACGAACGCACACACGCGCACCUUCGAAUUUGCAUGCUCCAGUUUCUUCGUGUGGUAUUUAAGUCUUCAUUCGAGUGUUUAGUCGUUAAGGGGAAAAAGAAAAAGAUACGAGUGUCGCGAACACAUUUACGAGGGCCGCGCUUUUCUCAUUCACACCGGCCGAUGCAGAUGCAGAUCGCUUCGAUCAGUCGAAACGCUCCGCACACACAUUUGUCCACACUUCCUAAUUGAUAUAAGAAAGCGAGCGAGCGAGAGAGAGAGAGAGAGAGAGAGAGAGAGAGAGAGA